UAACCGUACGUCAAGUCGUAAACUCCUGCAUGUCUGCUUGCGUCGGCCUUUAUAAUUUUAGGAUAGGUUGCCGGUGAAAAUAUUUUAAAACCAUCUCGCUAUUUUGAAGUGUUCAUAGCCUAUAUGUGUUAUUUUUAAGAAGCCAAUAAUCAAAAAUCCAGUCCAAGAUGACUGCGGAUGUACAAAGCAAGGCAAAAAUGCCGCAUCUAUCAUCCGAUAAACAACUUACAUUUAUAAAAUUAGCUGUUUUAUCCAUGGCAGCAAUAUUAUCAUUUGCAACGCGAUUAUUUUCGGUGUUACGGUUUGAAAGUGUUAUCCACGAGUUCGAUCCGUACUUCAACUAUAGAACAACUAGAUAUUUAACUGAAGAAGGAUUUUAUAAUUUUCACAAUUGGUUUGAUGACAGAGCAUGGUAUCCACUAGGAAGAAUUAUUGGUGGAACCAUCUACCCUGGCCUGAUGGUGACAUCAGCUACUCUAUACAAUAUAAUGCAAUUCCUGAAUAUCACCAUAGACAUUCGAAAUGUCUGUGUCUUUCUUGCACCAUUCUUUUCAUCCCUCACAACCAUUGUUACAUACUUGUUGACAAAGGAACUGAAGGGAGAAGGUGCAGGUCUUGUUGCUGCAUCUAUGAUUGCUAUAGUACCUGGGUACAUAAGUCGUUCAGUCGCCGGCAGUUAUGACAAUGAAGGAAUUGCCAUAUUCUGCAUGUUGCUCACUUAUUACUUUUGGAUAAAGGCUGUCAACACUGGCACUAUUUUAUGGGCUACAAUGACUGCUCUUGCUUAUUUUUACAUGGUAUCAUCAUGGGGAGGCUAUGUGUUCCUAAUCAACUUAAUACCUCUUCAUGUGCUAGCUUUAAUACUGCUAGGUAGAUUCUCCGCGCGAGUGUACGUCGCGUACAGUACUUUGUAUUGCGUUGGGACGAUACUGUCUAUGCAGAUAUCGUUCGUUGGUUUCCAGCCUGUACAGAGCUCAGAGCAUAUGUUGGCUCUAGGAACGUUCGGUCUAUGCCAGCUGUACGCGUUCACGGACUACCUGCGCUCGCGCCUCUCGCCGCAGAACUUUGAAGUGCUUUUCAAGGCUUUACUCACUACGUUGCUCGCUACACUGGGAACAGCUGUUGUUGUGUUGACCGUUACAGGUAAAAUUUCACCGUGGACUGGAAGGUUUUACUCGCUGCUCGACCCAUCAUAUGCUAAAAACCACAUUCCGAUUAUUGCAUCCGUAAGCGAGCACCAGCCCACAUCGUGGUCCUCGUUCUACUUCGACCUGCAGGUGCUGGUGUUCCUGUUCCCAGCCGGCCUGUACUUCUGCUUCACCAGGCUCACCGAUGCCAAUAUAUUCAUCAUUUUGUAUGGUGUGCUUAGUAUCUACUUUGCGGGUGUCAUGGUCCGUCUUAUGCUGGUAUUGGCUCCGGUAAUGUGUAUAGUCUCUGGUAUAGCUGCUUCGAGCUUGUUGAGCCUUCACGUGAAGGACAUAGAGCCGAAAGUCGAGAAACACGAUAAGAAGAAGAAGCAUGAAAACAAUUUGGUGUUCAGAUCCGAGGUUGGUGGCGUAUUCGUAUGCGUGCUCGGCUGCCUGCUGGUGUCCUACGUGUUCCACUGCACGUGGGUGACGUCAGAGGCGUACUCUUCCCCUUCGAUAGUGCUGUCUGCGCGUGCGCACGAUGGUGCAAGGAUCAUAUUCGACGACUUCCGGGAGGCGUACACUUGGCUCAAGAUGAACACGCCACAAGACGCGAAAGUGAUGUCCUGGUGGGAUUACGGCUACCAGAUAACGGCGAUGGCGAACAGGACGGUGAUAGUCGACAACAACACGUGGAACAACACGCACAUAUCACGCGUGGGACAAGCGAUGGCGUCCACAGAGGAGAAGGCGUAUGAGAUCAUGCAAGAGCUGGACGUGGAUUAUGUUCUGGUGAUAUUUGGUGGUCUGGUUGGAUACUCCUCGGAUGACAUAAACAAGUUCCUGUGGAUGGUGCGCAUCGGCGGCAGCACGGCGCGCGGCGCGCACAUCCGCGAGGCGGACUACUACACGCCCAGCGGCGAGUUCCGCGUGGACGGCGACGGCGCGCACACGCUGCUCAACUGCCUCAUGUACAAGAUGAGCUACUACAAGUUCGGCCUCGUCUACACCGAGGGCGGCCGACCCCCAGGCUUCGACCGAGUGCGCGGUGCUGAGAUAGGCAACAAAGAUUUCAACUUGGAAGUACUGGAAGAAGCAUAUACCACGGAGCAUUGGCUGGUCCGCAUCUACAAAGUAAAACCUUUGCCGAAUCGCGGCGUCUGAUUAUUAAAAAACAUUUGAUCAAGCCCCAUGUAUACGUAAUAAAGCUCUGUUCUAUAUAAAAAUUAUCUCAAAAUUAUAUCUUUUUUUAAUAGUCACAUCAUUUAUCGGGCAUAUUUAAAUACAACAAAUGUAUGAUAUCUUGGUCCCCAAAUUAAGACAGCCUGAUAUCUUGUUGGAACACCUUGCUGUUGGAUACAAUUACAUUUUUUGUUUAUAAGAGUUAUUCAGUCCUUCAGUUUAUGUAUCUGUGCUAUUAUAACCGACGUUCUUAAAAACGGAGAAGUUUCACAAUUUGACUGCGUUCGUUUCGUCUCUAACUCUGGGCUUUUAACCUUCUUUUUAUUUGAUAGGAAAUUAUUGUCAUAUGGUAUAUCUCCACCAGGGACGUUGGUGAUAUUAUGAUGAAAUAAAUUAUUGUUAAUGUUCAAAUAGUAAGAUAUUUUUAGGGUCUUGAUCAUUGGAAAAUUGUUACCUAAAUUGGUAUCAAUGGCGGGUUACCUUGCUAAACAUUGCUAGAGAAAAAUUUCAAUUUUUUUUAUUAACCACUUUUUUUUACUUAGUCUAUAUCUAGUAAUGUUUGUAAUAAAAGUUCUAAGCAUUCCAGAUUCCAGUAGAAAAAUAAAAUGGAGGCAUCUGGAAUUGAUUUGUUAAUUAAUUUGUAGCUCUCUUAAAGCUAAAUUUUGUCACAAAAAUGUCACUAAAAUAAACCUUUAUAUUCUAUGGAAUAAAGGUUUUAUGCAAAAUAAGGUAUAUUGCAAUCGUAAAUUUAGUGUGUUCGAAAGUAUAGUGAAAUUAAAUCGACUGCGCACAAAGACUAGACGAUUAGAACAUAAUGUUGUAGGUGCAAAUUAUGGCAAUGUUUUAUUUUAUAUUUUUUUAUUGAACAAUAAUCAACGAUAGGUAUGGAUUUGAAAUUAUAGACAUAAAUUGUAUUUACUGUCACGUUUUAUGAACUGUAUGUAUGAUAGCUAGGAAGUGUUGUAAAAAUUCAUUUUCUAUUUGAAAUAAAAUUAUUAUUAA